GACGCUGAACAACCAUUUGAACCAUUUAAACUAUUUGAAGGGGUGAAUCGCCCAACAAGAACCAAGCUCCGAAAGGGAGAGAUCAGUCACUAUCAGUUUUCUACUCCAACACUGACGUUGGAUGCUGUUAUAUGAGCCCUGUUUCAACAGUAUGAAGUUGUUUGUUAGAUUUUUCACGCGUCCUUGGUUCAUUUUGAAGUUUGAGGUCACGUAUGUCUACGAUUGUUUCGAAAAUCUUAUGGUUUGGUCGGACAAUGAUGAGAAUGGUGACAAAUCCGCUAGACUAGUAUGUCAGCGUUGUUCAAAAUCAUUUAAGUCUCAUAUAACCUUAAAACACCAUACUGAAGUUUGUUUCAAUCGGAAUUCGAAACCAAGAUUUGGCUGUGAAAUAUGCCGAAAAAGAUUUCGAACUAAUAUUCAGUACACCCGUCAUGUCUACUAUGCGCAUUCACAACGUACUUUUUUGUGUACAGAAAAAAACUGUGGUCGAGCAUUCUUGUCCAACUCACAUCUUAUCACUCAUAUGACAACUCAUACUUCUGACAGACCCUACCCUUGUCCAGUCCAAGGGUGUUCAUAUCAAGCUCGUACAGCCGGUCGACUUGCCCAACAUAAAAUUAUUCACGGUCAAGGUCGUCGUUUUUCUUGCGAUUAUUGUGACUACAGCGCUACCACUUCUUCUAAUCUUCGACGUCAUGCCCGUAUCCACGCUGGAGCCAGACCAUAUUUAUGUCCUCAUUGUCCUCAUCGUACCAGCGAGCUAGAUGCUCUUAAAAAGCACGUAUUGGACUCUGGGAGACAUCCGGGUUUACCUCUGUAUGUAUGCCCGUGGUGCAGGUCGGAAUCGAGCAAAGUUUGCGUUGGUUUUAACGCUUCAAGUCUCGCAUGGAGACAUUUACUAAGUGAGCACUCGAGUGAGAUUAUGAAACCGCAAACGUUGAGUCGAAAGGAUCGAUUAUCUGAGAAGUCUCUUUCUGAGCGUGACGUCACUCGUCUCUUGGGUAUUUACUGUCCAGAAAUUGACUCAACUCAACCACCAGAAAAUGUAGCUGUUAAACAACCAUCUAUCAUCAGCCGCCGUCGAAAUCAAAAGUUAGAAACUCUUGACAACACAGCUCCACCCUCCAGUGAAAAUGAAAUAUCGAAUGCACAAACUAAUGAAUCAGAUACAACAAAUGUCUUAAGUUCUGCUGAAGAAGCUGUAAUUACAAGUUCUGCAGUGCAUUCAAAUUUUGAGAAAAAUUCCAGUCAUGAUGACAUGUCAGUCUACAAUCUAAUCCAAAUUGGUUCUGGAGCAAUUUGGUCACCUAAUACAAUACAAUAUACUGUACAUAACUUAUGAAAUUAAAUUUGAAUAGAUAUCUUCUGUAAUUACUUGAGUGGUUCUUGUUACCAAAGUCAGAAAUAAGAUGUAUUAUCAGAAGACGGUUUUUUGCAUUACAAUUUGUCAAUGUCACAAGAAUUCAUCCAUAUCCCAAAAUUAUUUCUUAAUUGUUCUGGUGAUAAUUUCAUCAGUCUUUCCCUUCCAUGUCAAAUGGAAUCGUACUGGCUUUUAUUUGGUGCUUGAUUCGAAGAACUAAAUUUAUUUGUCCAAUUAAAGCUGC